UGUCACUGAAUACUCUGCACUGUUUGUUACUGUGAGCUUUGUAUUUUCACCAAGGACUUGUUGCCAGACUUCUGGAAAAGGUUUAGUUUCUGAUUUCAGGCUAGAUGGAAAAGUAAUGUUCAGCCUUUGUUAGUGCUUGAGAGGCAGCCGGAACAAAUGAUGACUGGGGGAAAUGGAGGGUGAGGAAUAGAAAGGGCAGACAUGCAGUAAAUGCGACUACCUGCUUUUAAAACGGCGACAACCUUAAGAAACCCCGAGGCACUAGAAUGCUAAUGUUGUCCGGGGCUUUGACUUAUCCAUACACCAUUGCAAAAGUGGCAGUGACUGCCACAGCAUCGCUCUUGUGUGUGUACUGCUGCCAUCCAUUAACGCAUCUCCGGAGUCUGCAGGUAGAAACAGACAACAUCUCCAACUUGAAGCCUGUUUUUCGUGCGCCAGGUUUGAUAAUGGACGCAACGGAUAUCAUGGAUUUAACGCAUCAGAAAACGAGAAAGCGCCCGCGUCCAAUCAGUUCUUUAGAUGAGUCCGUAGUACACGCGUCCCUGAAACGAAUCUCAAUGCGAACGGCGGAAUGCGGGGACGCUCCGUUCAUGUACUCAAGAGGCGAUCUCUUACCUGCAGCAUCACUGAAGCAGAAUGAUCAUUCUGUGUCUUCCUCACCAGCCACAGUUUUGUCAGCGCAGGAUAACCGUUCCAGCAUGUCCAGGCCCAUGAUCACCAGAUCACCAGCAUCCCCCUUGAGUAACCAGGGCAUCCCGACGGCUGCCCAGCUCACCAAGUCCAAUGCCCCUGUGCACAUUGACGUGGGCGGACACAUGUACACCAGCAGUCUGGCCACGUUAACCAAGUACCCAGAGUCCAGAAUCGGACGUCUCUUCGAUGGCACAGAGCCCAUAGUGUUGGACAGUCUGAAGCAGCACUACUUCAUAGACAGGGAUGGACACAUGUUCCGCUACAUACUCAACUUCCUCAGGAUCUCUAAGCUCCUCAUCCCAGAUGACUUCAAAGACUACAGCCUGCUGUACGAGGAGGCCCGGUACUUCCAGCUGCAGCCCAUGCUGGCCGAGCUGGAGCGAUGGCGCCAGGACCGCGACCUGGCCCGGGUGUCACGCCCCUGCGAGUGCCUGGUGGUACGUGUGGCACCCGACCUGGGAGAGAGGAUCACGCUGAGCGGAGACAAAGCCCUCAUCGAGGACGUGUUCCCAGAGAUUGGCGACGUCAUGUGCAACUCUGUCAACGCAGGCUGGAACCACGACUCCACACAUGUAAUCCGCUUCCCGCUCAAUGGAUACUGCCACCUCAACUCCGUCCAGGUCUUGGAGCGUCUGCAGCAGCGUGGCUUUGAGAUCGCCGGAUCCUGCGGUGGGGGCGUGGACUCAUCCCAGUUCAGCGAGUACGUCCUGAGGAGGGAACUGAGAAGGGCAGGCCAGCGAGGAGGGUCUAACUCAAACCGUAUAAAACAGGAGCAGCUGGACUAGACCUCCCAGACACCUGGGGAGCUAGACUUUUUUUUUCGGUGGCAGCCAAGCACUAGACGAGAAGCAGCAGAGCUCUGUGGAUUCUGGGUAUAAUGCUGCGCUCAUGUGCUAAUUAGUACUAGGAAACUCUGAAAUGUACUACUUGCUAACUGGUUGAACGUGGCACAUGUAUAAUUACAACCACUUUGCAUGUCGAAAAUGUCUGAGUUUCCUAGCUCCGACUAGCACGUGAAUGCAGCUUUAUCGUUUUGUUUGAUUGUCAUUAAACAUUUUUUUACUUGAGAAGAACCACAGAGAAAGAGAGUGACCAAGCCGCGACAGGAGGUUUUUUUUGCCAUAAGAAGAUACAGAACAUUUUGAUAAGUUGAUAUCUCAAGGAUAUUUGUGAUUGUUCAUGCCCCGCCCCAUCAAAAUAUAUAAAAAAAAAAGGAUGAAUACUUUCCCAGGGUCCCCAAAUAAAGUUUGUUUUAAAACUUUGAACCUACAUUAGGUUAGAUAUGAUUUCCAUGAUUAAGACCGUACAAAAUGUAAAUGGUUUGAUCGCACAUGUAGUGCAAGGCCAUUCACUAGUGAUUUGCAGUUUUUAUUUACCCAUUGGCAUAUUUACCAAGUCAAAUUGUUCUCCCUUACUAUAAAAACGUUCACUGUGUUGCUAGAGGCAGACAAACAGUGCUAUACAUCAUGGUGUUGUGAGAAGAUCUUGGUUAGCAUAAACACCAUUCUUUUUAACAGAACUGAAACAUUAUCCACACUCUUAUUCACACAGGAUGUUAAGUAUCGUGAUACAUACAAAUGAAGUGUUUUUACUUUAAUCAAAGUUACCUUAUUGGAUUUUAUAAUAUGAAAUAUAGUUCACAUUAGUAUUAUCAAUAUUUUAUGUCAUAGACCAUUCUAUACUCACUAAAUGAAAAUGAUUAAGUAAAUUAUUAUAAGAAAUGUCCCUGCAUUGCCUCUGUUUUGGGUACUAAACCUAGAGAACAGAGGUGAUUAAUUCAGAGGAGCCACAAGAUCCUAUUGAGUGACCUACUGUAAAUGAUAUUUGCCAUUGUAUAUGUUUUGUUUUUUUACAUUGAAAUGGAUACCUUUUUAACCGGCAUAAUGUUGCCUCAUAAAUGACUGAACAGAUCAGGCUAAUAGUAUAAGACCCAAAUUUAACAUUUAUUCUUAGGACAUUGAUGAUGUGAAGUUUGAUUAUCAUAAACUAUUUCUAACGUGAUCUACCUACGCUCCCUAGAUUUGAGUAAAGAGGAAUGUAGCACUAAAAUGUGAAAUAAAUCUUCAACUGAAGUUGUA